AGUCACACCAACCCGAGCCCGCACUAUCUCGGUUUUCCCCUGGCUUCUGCAGUGAGCCCUCCCACCUAGUCUCGAUUCGGCUGGCUGCUCGCUCUCGUCGAAGAGCAAUUCGAGCCGCCUCGGGAAGGACAUUCCCGCAAUGUCCUCAACCCGCCCUGUCGUCACACCUACAACCCCCUUCCCACCGACCGACGCUUUGUUUUCGAGCACGACACCGCCGCCGCCGACCGCCCUCGCUGGCGUCGCCGGACCGUCUGCUAGCACGUCGCCCUCUCCCAGAUCACGAAGUACCAGCGCCGGCCGCAACCUGGGCUACCCCGGCUCGAGGAGCCACUUCCCCUUCUCCCACUACAACGCGAUCGACAACACUUCCCCUGCAGGCUCCGACCGUCCUUGGGCCCCCGCCGGUUCUCGUCCUGCCCCCCCGAACCCGAACCCGCCGCGGUCCUCGUCGCUCGCGGCCAGCAAUCCCCCACGCACCUCGUCGCUGUUGCCGCCCGCGAGAAUUGUGGUUGACCAGGGUUCGUCGCACGCCUCGCCCCUCGACCGCAGCGACUGGUUCAAUGACCCUCGACCGGCGCCCAAGAUCCCCGAUCCCGCCAGAGAAGGUGAUUCAUCGAGGCACAAGAGGGGCCACUCACGAUCGAGCAGCGCCGGCGGUCUGAGCGACACUCUCCGCAACCUCAACCGCUGGUCGGCGUCGACGACUUCAAGCCGGGCAUCCCACCUCGCCGACUUCACGCGCCGCGUGAGUGCGGAAAUAUUAGGGGCAGUAGCAUUUAACUCUUCACCGGGAAGGAAGUUACACCGGCGGAGGCCGUCAACGUCGGGUGGAUCUCCUCGAUUGUCUCCCCGGACGAAGAACCGAGCAGAUUCCCCCGUCGCCGGCGCCAUCCCCCCGCUUCAAAGCCUUCCCCGGAUUUCGGCUGGGCCCUCCUUGGAGCACGAGGUUCUCGAAUCACAUGUGCUAGGCCAGGCUGCUGCUCAGGAGGUCGGACAGCACCAGCAGCCACGACAGGAAAGCGACGGCUCCUGGAAUGACCAUCCCAGGUGGACUGACGAGAACGGAUCAUUGUCAUAUCACUCACACGCCGCUGAGACACAGCCACCCGACAUGCUCACUCACGAAACUACCAUGGCCUACGCGCCCAAUGGCCAGGCAAGGAGUCGCUCCGGCAGCCGGUCGGCCGGAGCAAAGGGCGGCGUCGAGAUUCGGGAGCGAGAUCGAGAUCGUGACAGGGAACGCGAUCGCCAGGGAAAGCCCAUGUCCCAGAAAGCGAUGCUGUCGAAAGCUCUGCAGAAGGCAAACACGGCAGUUCAGUUGGACAAUGCCCAGAAUUUCGAGGGCGCAAGGAGAGCCUAUGCGGAGGCAUGUGCCGUGCUGCACCAGGUUCUCCUGCGCACCUCUGGGGAGGAGGACCGAAGAAAGCUGGAGGCUAUCCAUGAAACCUACCUGGCUCGGGUCAUGGAGCUCGACGAGCAGCUCGUUGAUAUGGAACCCGAGGGAAAAGAGCUCCCGCGCCGUCCAGAGAGCAAUGAUCUCCAAGACAUAAUAGACGCACAGGAACCAAGGCGAAGCCCGCCGCCACCGUCACGGCCAUCGCCGCUUCCAGACACCGCACGAGACCCACGGAACGGGCCGACGCCAUAUCUGACCCAACAAUACUCACUGCAGUCUGCGUUCUCCCGAGCGAGGUAUAACAAUGGAUCGACGCUACGACCCCCAACCAUGGACAACGCGUACAUGCCGCCUCCCCUCUCUCCCCGCCGCCCUGGUUCCCCCGCUAGACCAUCGUCGCCGCCGGUUGAGUAUGAGAGUCCACGGAGGCCCCCUCCUGACCGACCAAACGCCCAGACGGAGGCGCCUGCAUCAUCGUCUGGCCACCAGCGUGCAAACAGCCACGAGUCCGUCUCGUGGCUCGACCCAAUUGACGAAUCUGACCGCUCAAGCGUGACGUCUGUACACUCGCGCUCUUCUUCUAGGGUUGUCAGGAAGCACAUCCGGGCCCCAAGCGGUGCCACCGAAGCCGAGUUCGACGCAGCUCUGGACGACGCAAUCGAGGCCGCAUACGAUGAUGGAUAUGAACCAGAAUCCCAUUACCCCGGGCAUUCGUAUCACGAUGCCCAGGUCGAUCCCAUCGCAGAUAAGCUACGACGAGUAGAGAUGGCGAGGGAACUGGUGCGGGAGUCCGAGAGAGAAGCACUGGAGCUAGCGACCGAGCGCGAGCAGAGGUUGCGGCUCCAGCAACAACUAGAGGAUGAGGAGUACCGGAAGAGGGUGACGGCAGGCGAGGAUUUCUAUGACGGGAAUGACUCGGAAGAGGAGGAACGGCUGCUGGAGGAGGCUCCGAGGACCGACGGCAUGGACGAUUUCGCGUUUGGUGUCCAGCAGAGACCUCCCGUCCCGCGAGAAUCGGACUCGAGCGGGAUGACCGGCCGGACUUGGCACAGCUCCAUGGGAUCCAACCCGGCCACGGGGGCGACUCUCACGCCGGUGAGCGAGGAUGGCACGCAUCCGCACCGCUCCGGCCCGUUACCGCCGCUGCCACCUCAGGCUGCGGCCCAGGUGCCUCCCCAGCCAGGUUCGGCGGGGUCUCAGAGCUCGGGCCAGAGCGUUCGAAACUGGCGGCUGUCCGGCCAGAACCCGAAAGGGCUCAAGAUCGAGACCAACAAACUUGCCGCGACAGCAGCGCCAGCAACGGCUGGACCAACCUUCCCGUCUCAGCCGAAGACCGGCAGUUACAUCGUACAGCAGCGGCAAGCCUUAUCCGCUGGCCCCAACCGCGCCCUCGGCCCGCCCACCUCGAGGCCCGGCCCUUCCCCUGUCCCGGGAACCCUGGAUGAAGAGCCCGAGGACGCCCCGCCGCGACCGACGGCCUUGUCCCACGACGAGUACCCCCGCGUGGGUACACCGUCGGUCGUCCGCGCGCCCAACCUGCGAAAGAACUAUUCCUCCUCGAGCCUCAAGAGCCUCAAAACACGCAACCUGUCCAUCUCUCAUCUCGACGAAGGCAUGUCGGACCACUCGCCCGGCACACCUCUCAGCAGCCAGUUUGGCGCCCGCCUCCCCGCCGUGCCCUCGCUCCCGGCAGGCAUCCUUAGCAACCAUCUCAAGGACCGGGCAAACAGCACUACCCCUGGCGGGUUGCACCUCUUUGAGAAUGACUUCCACUCGUCUGAGAGGCCGGGGUCUCCCGACCCGCUCACUGCCGACGCGCCGGCACCGCUUGAACCUUGCCCGACGGACGUCAUGCUCCGCCCGUUCUGGUUGAUGCGCGCCCUGUACCAAACCCUGUGUCACCCGCGGGGCGGGUACCUCAGCAACAGGCUGUUCGUGCCGCGCGACGUGUGGCGGGUCAAGGGCGUCAAGCUUAAGGCAGUUGAGGACAAGAUUGCCAACUGUGACUUGCUCACCGCCGCGCUGCAGAAGCUCGCCCGGGUCGACACAUGCGAUGCGGACGCUGUGCUCGAGGAGAUGCAGGCAUUGGAGGGCGUGCUGGAGCACGUGCAGGCCACACUGUCGCGGAAACUGGGGAGCGAGGUGGGUGUGCAAGGCGCGUCCUCGAUGUUCAAAGACGCGGCCGCGGCGGCUGCGGCGGCAGCUGCUGGAGAUGCCGCAGCCGCGGGAGGGGAUGCCGCGGCCAUGCCGAGGUCGGCCAGUGUCGCGGGUAAGGCCAGCAGCUUUUCGUGGAGGCGGCUGAGGAGCAAGAACAGCUCGGCAAACCUGCCGGCUCUGGCAGCGUCUGGCUAUGGGAACAAAGGGGGGAACGGAGCGGCUGCGAGCACCACAAAUCUCUCGGAGGGCUUGGGAAAGGAUGCGACGUUGGCAAGCCUGCCCAUGACGACGCACCCGACCAGCAGACCGACCAAGCGGGAUAUUAAUAGCGUGUCGUUCACGGGGCCAAACGCGAACUACAUGUCUUCGUUGGCCAGGCUGUUUGAUGCCGCGCAGACUGUGGACCAAAUCGCCCGGCAAGUCGAAGACCCGGGCCUGCGGCACGCCGACAAGACACAAGUCGGCCUGGAGCUGUGCGCAAGGCACGCGGCUGAGUUCUUCGCGUUCUACAUCUGUCGGUUUGCCCUGUCGGAUCUGACACUGCUCAUGGACAAGUUCGUCAAGCGAGGGAGCGAAUGGGUGCUGGCGUAGGGCCGUUGGUGCAAGAUCUAGCUUGCCUCGCGGCGGCGCCGACGUCAACAGGGCAUUGGAAUGAGAGGAGACUUGUGGCUAAGCGAGCCGUUUGGUGUUUGGAGGUUUUUUUUCU